CGUUAUGCUCUGGGCUGCACACACACACACACACACACACACAGACGGAGAAGACGUAAUGGAGUAAUUCCGCUGCAAUGCUCGUCAUUUUUAUUACAUUUCACCAAUUCCGCAGUGUGGAAUUGCAAUGAAGGCCUCUAUGUGGGCUUCGUGUUGUGGUUUAUUAAACGAUCUGAUUGGUUCGGGGGCGGUCAGAAGCCAUCAGGCUGGGUUCGGGGGCGGAGCCGGGCCAUUCAGAUUUGCUCCUGGCGCUGGCUACUCUGCCUACCCUUCAACCAGUUCCACUCAAUCACCAUCUAGCCCUCCUCCCUCCAAUGGAGCAGUGUGCAAAGCAUGUGGUCUCGCCUUCUCCGUCUUCAGAAGAAAGCACGUGUGUUCAGACUGUGGGCGGAGCUUCUGCGCACUCUGUAGCGUGCUGCAGGAGAACCUGCGGCGUUGCUGCGUGUGCCACGCCCUGUGGGCGACGGCGUUUGAACGGGCACGCCUCAUGCGCCUGCGAGUACGUGAUCUGCGCCGCUACCUCACACUGCGUGACAUUAGCACAGAUACAUGCACUGAGAAGGAGGAACUCGUCGAGCUCGUGCUGCAACACAUGGGGGUGGAUCUUCAAGAGGAGGAGGAGGAGGAGGAGGAGGAGGAGGAGGAGGUGGAGGUGGAGGAGAUUGAGGAGGCAAACACUGAAGCCCAGCCCUCUGCUUUAGCCCUGCCCAUUGAUGCUGCACCCCCCACCUCCCAGCAGCCUGCACUGUCUGUCUCCGGCCCUCAGGAAGAAACACACAGAACUAACAACAGCUCAGGAACCAGCCAGGAUUGUGGAGACGUUGCCUCUGUGUCUCUCCUCCCCCUGGAGAACAACGAACAUUUACUAGAGUCCAGCCCAAUGACUCAGAGGAGGGCUCGAGCCUCUAUCUCUGAUCUCUCCAGCGAGGAUGACAUCGAGUUGUUAACUGUUCGGCAGCUGAAAGAAAUUCUGGCCAGGAACUUUGUGAGUUUUUCCGGCUGCUGUGAGAAGUGGGAGCUGGUGGAACGUGUGCAGCGUUUAUACAGAGAGCACCAACACAACAUCACCUCCUUGGAAAACAUGAGCAACAGCAUCACUGCAGUCGUGGCGUAUCCUCCUUCUAUAUGUGAUGGAGAAGUUGGAGGUGUGGCUCCUCUCAGCACCAUGGAUGAAAACGUUUGUCGGAUCUGCAUGGACGCUGUGAUCGACUGUGUCCUGCUUGAGUGCGGUCACAUGAUCACCUGUACCCGCUGUGGCAAGAAAAUGAACGAGUGUCCCAUCUGCAGGCAGUACGUGGUCCGAGCUGUACACGUCUUUAAAUCCUAAAUGCACAAACACACACACUCACACACACACACACACACACACAUCCGUGCACACUGAUAGCCUCCAUCUUCCUGACUGAAUCCGCUUCUGAAACCCGGUGAAGGUUAAACAUCCCAAAUUCCUCUGGUUCGGGUCUGAAUUUGAACACAGAGGCUCUGUUUAUGUUUGGAAUGCACCCUUGUUGAUUUCUCUUUAAUGACCCAGAGGUGUGUAUGAUCACACAGCACAGGGAAACAUAGAAGUGUGUUAAUGGGGUUUCUAACUAUCUAGUGUGCUAAGUACCUAGCGGUGUAUGUAGCUGUACAGAUGGAGACAAUCUAAUAUCUGAGACGUGAAAUGUCACGCUCCUUUUCACGCUUGUACACAGCUUUAUCCGCCAUAUGCAAAAGGCAACUGCAGUCAAAUUCAGCAGUGCCUUCCUGGCUAAAAGCAAUGGCACUGACAUGUAACACCCAGUUACUGGCCGUCUAACAUCCAUCUAACAAAGCUGUAAAGUAAUUAAAGUAAACUGGGGGACUCGGGGAAGAGGAGUGGACAAGGGCGCACUGAAAACUGUACUGAAUGCAGCCAUGUGUACUGUGUGUGUGUGUGUGUGUGUGUGUGAAGUGUGUGAAGGUCUAAGAUGAAAGAGUGAAGUGUGAUGGUCCUCCUUGCUGUAGCAGAACUGAAGCCAGCAGUGAUUAGAGGUGCCAAAUGUGCUCAUCAUUACUGAUCGAUUUAUUGUGUUUUGAAUACAGUGUUUAUCAUUAAAAAAAAACAGCGUAGUCCAUGUUAGCAUAUUAGCUAAAUACUAAAUCAAUUCAGUUCUAAAAUGCAACACAGACACUGACUGGAACUUCACCAACAAUAUUUAUCUUUAUCAUUUACAUAUUUGAAAUUCUUCCCAAAGGCCACUGAGGUUAAUAUUUAGGUUUUGUAGCUAAUGUUUAGCUUUGGCAGUUGACGCUUUUGUUUUGUUUGGUAGUCACCUUAUUUUGUUUCAUGUAUGUAUAAUUCUUAGUUAUUUUAUUAUACUAAAUAAUUCUUGUCAGAUUCAUGGACACUAAUUUGUGGUGAUGCCAGCUAACUAUCUGUUUCGCUAACAUCCUUCACUGGCAACCCUGUCGUUAAGCAGCUAGCUCUACCUUAUUUUGUGACACUGCUAGCUAGCUAGCUGUUUAUGAAUACCUAUUAAUACGACAACCUCGGUUGUAAUGCUCACCAGCCUGAUAGAUUUAAUAUUUUAAAGUAUUAAACAAAAUAUUUUUAGACUUGUUAAGCUAGCUAGCUAUUCAGAUGAUUAUUUAGCUGUUUAUGUUUAGCUACUUUUGGGACAACCCUGUCGUUAGCUAGUUAGCCUUUUCUGUUGGAUCCCAACUUGCUAUUUUAGCUUCUAUUCAUUUUAGGAUUAUUUCAUUUGUCACAUGCCCGCAGUUAUAGCUGUGUAUCUGCACAGACUUUUGAUAAAUUCAGAUUUUGGUAGCUACUACAGUUUAAAGGGAAGUUCUCUCUCUCUCUCUCUCUGUGUGUGUGUGUGUGUGUGUUAAAUGCCUCCUUAUUUUAUUUAAUACUAUUAUAAUUAUUGUUUAAUUUUAUUUAAUAGCUGCUAGUUAGCUGCUAUGUUUUGCUACUCCGUGGACAACCUCUUGGUAUAACAUUUAUGACAUUUUAUGUGGAUAAUUAGCUAUGUUUUGCUAACACACUUCACUGAAUUCAAUCCCUUAUCGUGUGACUCUGUUAGCCAGCUAUUUUCGUUAGCCGACAUGUUCCGAUAGUCCCUGUCUGGUUACAGAUCUAUGAUGUAAGGCUAGCUGGCCUUUUCUUGUUUGAUCCCUUUUUCUUAAUCUUUCACCAUGAAUUAGUGUUCUUUUCUCCUCACAGUAUUUGGUUUUUAUGUGAACAUUAUACAGAUACAUAGUUAUAGCAGACCUGUGUGUCUGCACAGAUGUUAUAAAGUUUAUAAAUUCACCAGGUGGUCAACUGCUUCUCCAAGUAGAAAUUAUUUGGUGUUAUGUGCAUAUAGGUUGCACCAAAACCAUGCCCUAUUUCACAAUCUCUAUUCUCUACUCAAUAUUCCCUGCUCAUUAUUCCCUACUCCCUAUUCAAUAUUCCCAUCUCCCUGGUCAUAAUUCCCUACUCAAUAUUCCUUGCUCACUGAUCCCUACUCAAUAUUCCUCAUUCCCUGCUCAUUAUUUCCUACUCAAUAUUUCUUGCUCACUUUUCCCUAUUCGCUAUUCCCUACUUACUACUCCCUACUGAAUAUUCCUUGCUCAAGAUUCCCUACUCAGUACUCCUCACUCAAUAUUCCUUGCUCACUUCCCUACUCAAUAUUCCUUGCUCACUAUUCCCUACUCACUAUUCAAUAUUCCUUGCUCACUAUUCCAUACUCAAUAUUCCCUAUUCCUUGCUCACUAAUCCAUACUCAAUAUUCCCUAUUCCUUGCUCACUAUUCCAUUCUCAAUAUUCCCUAUUCCUUGCUCACUAAUCCAUACUCAAUAUUCCCUAUUCCUUGCUCACUAUUCCAUACUCAAUAUUCCCUAUUCCUUGCUCACUAUUCCAUACUCAAUAUUCCCUAUUCCCUGCUCACUAAUCCAUACUCAAUAUUCCCUAUUCCUUGCUCACUAAUCCAUACUCAAUAUUCCCUAUUCCUUGCUCACUAUUCCAUACUCAAUAUUCCCUAUUCCUUGCUCACUAUUCCAUACUCAAUAUUCCCUAUUCCUUGCUCACUAAUCCAUACUCAAUAUUCCCUAUUCCUUGCUCACUAAUCCAUACUCAAUAUUCCCUAUUCCUUGCUCACUAUUCCAUACUCAAUAUUCCCUAUUCCUUCCUCACUAUUUCAUACUCAAUACUCUUUGCUCACCAGUCCCUACUCCCUACACGUGGCAAAGUGCAUUAUAGGUAUUCUGAACCAGGGAUUUGACUGAUGAUCAAUGUUGUUUUGUUUCUGUGUAGACAGUUGAAAAGAUUUUACACAAUAUUUAAUUUAACCCAUUUAGACAAAGCCAGGAGAUAGAAAUCCAGACGGCAAGUAAUUUAGUUAUAUAAUUUACUCAACACUUUUAUGUGAGUUUUGAAUAAAUAUAAUUUACAAGCUGCAUGGUGUGUUAUUUUUCUGCAUUUCUAAUAACGUACAAUUCUGCCACGAAUAUUUUCUCUUUUCAUACGAAGGUUUUUAUUUCAGUCUGUAAAAACUGUAACACUGUAUUAUAUGCAUAGAAUGUACACACACGUACACACCGUUGCCUGUACAAUAGAUGAUUUUUGGAUAAACCUAUGAAAAUAGGAUUACAGUCUGAAUUAUUUGUGAGGACUUGAAUCAUGCUCAUGUCUCUUAUCGUGUGUGGGUUCAAUGUGCAAUUUCUAAAAGGUGUCACUUGUAGGAGGCGAGCAGAUGACACACACUAUAGAUAUAUGUAAGAAAAUGAAACACUUUUGAGGGUUGUUAUAUUUUGAAACUUU